CAAGAUGAGCACGCCACACCUGAGUUGAUCCAAGUUGAGCACACUUACUCCAUACCUGAGUUGAUCCAAGUUGAGCACACUUACUCCAUACCUGAGUUGAUCCAAGUUGAGCACACUUGCAAUGGCGCUAACCAGAUCAAUGGUUUUGCUCCUGACGUACGCCGCACUCGCAGCGGCGACGAUGCGACGACCGGAAGAGAGGACACAGGCGGUCAAGGCGCCAUCAGUGCCAUACCUCGCCGGAGGCCAAGAAGCCGAAGCCGAAGCGGUAGCGGCUACCUCCUCGCCGGCCUCACCAAUCACCGACGUCGAGGUCUUCAUCCCGGCACCGCCGCCUCUGCCUGGCAUGCCCGCGUUACCGCCGUUGCCCGGCUCCCCGGGCAUGGCAGGCGCGCCAUCGCCUUCGCAGCAGCCGGCCAGUUGCUUGGGAGCGCUCGGGCGUGUGAUAACAUGCGCGCCGUACCUCACCGACUCCGUACCCGUGCCGCCGAGUACAUGCUGCGACGGCUUCAGGUCGCUCGUCGGCAGCAGCGCCCGGAUCUGCUUGUGCCAUGCCAUCAUCGGCAACUUGAGUACAUUGGCCGGGGGGGAGAUCGACCAGCUUCGCUUGCUCGUGCUGCCUCUGACGUGUAGCACGUUCGUGCCCCCGGACUUGCUUCUCAUGUGCAUCCUGUCUCCGGUGCCGCCGAUUAUGCCUCAGCACUACCGCGCCGGUGUCGGAGAAAGGCUCGGUGCUCUCGGCGGCUAGGCCAUUGGCGUGCUCUGGAAAAGGAGGAGUGUCUAUUUAGAAGUCGACUGAAAUUGAAUUAGGCUUCAGUCGAAUUCCUGUAUGUCUAUCAUCUAUGUUCCCCGCGCACUGCAUGUAUGUCAAUUUUCAUCUGAUAUCUCACACCCGGGCCUUGUAUGCA